AUGUGCAUUUUCUUAAAUCUUUCGAACAAAACCGUAAGCGGAACGUAUCUGGGCGAAGAGAGCUGCGCUGUAGAAAAACCUUUCAUUUGCGAAACUCUGCCGUCUGCAAAUAAAUCAUAUCAAAUCAAAAACACGUGUCAGCAAGUUUGGAACGUGACAGAUCAGGAAAUCAAAACCUACAUAAUGAAUAAAACAGGUGACGUUAGGACUCAAGCCAGAAAUCUAAAAUGUUACAUCAGGUGUUGCGGGAAAAGAGGAGAAAUGAUACAAUAUGGAAAUAUAGUAUCAGAUCAAAUUCUGCGUGGUCUAGAAGAACUUUCUGCCAGCAACGUGCCCACAAUGCAGGGCGCUUUUGUGGGUUUUGACUCUUGUUCCACGAUUAACAGCAAUGAUGAAUGCUUGACCAUGGCUGAUAUUUUUCAAUGUGGAAAAAAUACUUCACCAAGUCUAACUCUUGGACUUGUUACUUUAAAUGAAGGCGACGCAACCGUGAUUAAAUCCGCCACUGGUGGCAUCAACACACAAUAUCGUUUGUGUCCUAAAAUUUCUUCUUGCACACCAAAUGCAGCAAAAAUUAAGGAGCUGAAAACUACUGGCACAUUGUCAGUGGGAGGAAACAUAAUGACCACUUCAACGGGUAAAAAGUACUUUUGGUUGUACAUGACUGGAUUGACAUGGGCACAAUCCCAAACACUCUGUUGUGAGCUCGGAUCAAACCUUGCAAUUUUUGAAACACUGGCCGACUUCAACGCGUUUAUGAAAAUCCUGCCAGCUAUGACGGGCAAAACGGCCUAUGUUGACCAAACUUUUGACAAUGGCGACGGCUCGGACAGUUGGUGCUCAACUUUCAAGAGACUACCGGCGGGGCUGAUGACAAAUAUCAACCAGUUCUAUAGAACCAAAGCAUUUCCCAAUCAAAUUUUCCUCGAUUCAACCGGGUUCACUUUGUAUGGCGUUGGAGGAAACGCUAAUUUCGUUAUUUGCGGACCUCUGCCUUAA